AUGACUAGAUCCAAAUUAAACAACCCAAUUAACCAACACCAAGGGUUUCACGUCUUUGAGGUUAAUCAAGGCGGUAAAUCCAACUUUGUCAGUUCAAACAACGAACUGGCACCCCCAAAUCCCAACAGAACGAUUUCUCUUGGUAACACUUUAGACGAUUAUCAAAUCGUUUCCAAUUCGAACUAUCCCUUCGCCCUCCCCCUAAGAGUUCUCAUUGAAAAUUCCAGUGAAACUCGCCGUGCAAAGAGGCAAGCAAAGAAGGGCAUUUGUAAACCCCCGCGGCCUCAAAAUUCGUUUAUGUUAUACCGUAGGCAUUUGAGCGCAAAAUUUAAGGCUGAGAAAAUGAAAGCAGCGGACCGUUCAAAGGAUUUUGCCACCAUGUGGAGAGAAGAGACUGAAGAGGUGAAAGUCCUCUUUACCGCUCUUGCCAGGAUAGCAACGGAACGACAUAAUGCGUUAUACGAAGAUUACAAGUAUCGUCCGAACACUGCAAGAACAACAAAAAAUGACGAUGAUUCCGAUACUGAUUUCAUCCAAACGUCUGAUUCUGAAUUCGCUACCAAUUCAGAACAGUCUUCACCGGGUUCCUCCUUUCUCGACGAUCCUCGUUUCCCCAUCGAUGAUUCUUCACCAACGAAUUCUUUUCCCAACUUGGCCGAUUACACCGAUUCCUCUUUUCUCGAAAAUCCUUAUUUCCCCAUCGAUGAUUCUUUAACAACGAAUUCUUUUCCCAACUUGGCCGAUUACACCGAUUCCUCUUUUCUCGAAAAUCCUUAUUUCCCCAUCGAUGAUUCUUUACCAACGAAUUCUUUUCCAAACUUGGCCGAUUGCACCGAUAAUAAUACCGUUUAUCCGUACACCUUUGAACAACUUCUUCUUCUUCAAUAUUUUGACCAAGAUCAAUAUACCAACGAAGAACCACCGUCCUCUGCUGAAGUGGAACCUUUUCAAGAUAUUACGUAUCUUGAAGAUACAUAUUUGUCGUUUCUUCCAGAAGAGGAUCGUGAAAUUGUCGCCAGAAAUCCUCUCUCACAACCAGAAGUUCCUUUCUUUGAUAUGGAACAAACCAUACAUCCUCUCUCACAAAAUUCAGAAUUUGAUCAAACCGAGUUCAUUUAA